GCGGCGGCAGCAACAGCAGCAGCAGCAGAGACGGCGCCCGGCUUGGGAAGGAGCGAAUGUUGACUUUUCUUCCAUUCUUGAGCCUCUGGGAUUUUCAGUAGCAAUAUGACUUCGUCGAAUGAAUAUGGUUCUAGUUCCUGGGAGCUCAUCGUUGCUAUUGAUCACCAGUGCGGAGGGGACCAAAAGGAAAGCACCCUCCAAGUAUCAGGAGAUCUCCACAUUGGAGGAGUGAUGCUUAAGCUUGUGGAACAAAUCAGAGUGUCGCAGGACUGGUCAGACUAUGCCCUUUGGUGGGAGCAGAAGCAGUGCUGGCUUCUAAAAACUCACUGGACACUGGAUAAAUAUGGGGUGCAGGCAGAUGCCAAGCUGUUGUUCACUAUUCAGCACAAAAUGUUGCGCCUUCGUCUGCCGAGCAUGAAAACGGUGAGGCUGAACGUUAGCUUCUCGUCUGUGGUGUUCAAGGUAGUUGGAGACAUCUGCAGGACCCUUGGUAUCAGACGGCCAGAAGAACUUUCUCUACUGAGACCAUCGGAAGACGCAAAAAAGAAAAAGAGAAAAGAGAAAGAUAAAGAACCAGUCAUAGAAGAUAUUUUAAAUCUGAACAACUCUCCUGUGAGUUUGGCAUUGCCAGCAAGCCCUGGCUUCUAUAGCAAAACCAUGACUCCCACCUACGAUCCUGUCAGUGGGACACCUGUCUCUUCUGCAGUUGCCUGGUUUGGUGACAGCCCUCUGGCCAAGCAGAGCUGGAACAACCUUGCCUUCAGCCCUUCUAACUGCACACCGGAAUCGCUUGCCAAAAUGUACCAGCCUCGGACUCUGGUCGACAAAGCAAAGCUGAAUUCUGGGUGGUUAGAUUCCUCUCGGUCACUUAUGGAACAAGGCAUCCAGGAGGACGACCAGCUUUUGUUACGCUUCAAGUACUAUUCUUUCUUUGAUCUGAAUGCAAAAUACGACGCGGUGCGAAUCAACCAGCUCUACGAACAAGCCCGCUGGGCCAUUCUGCUGGAAGAGAUAGACUGCACGGAGGAAGAAACCUUCAUAUUUGCUGCGCUGCAGUACCACAUCAGCAAGUUGACACUGUCAUCGGGGUCGCAGGUUUUCACAACCGAAGCAGAAACGGAUGAAGUGGAGGCGGCCCUUUCUAACCUUGAAGUCACUCUGGAAGGGGGGAAAGCAGAGAAUAUUCUGGAGGAUAUCACAGACAUACCAAAGCUUGCAGAUAACCUCAAACUAUUUAGGUCCAAAAAGCUGGCGCUGAAAACCUUCAAGCAAUAUUGGUUUGUCUUCAAGGACACGUCCGUCUCUUACUUUAAAAAUAAGGAUGCUGAACAUGGAGAACCCAUUGAGAAGCUGAACCUAAGAGGAUGUGAGAUUGUUCCGGACGUGAGUGUGUCGGGCAGAAAAUACGGGAUUAAGUUACUCAUCCCUGUAGCUGACGGAAUGAAUGAAGUGCACCUGAGAUGUGAUAAUGAAAACCAGUAUGCCAGGUGGAUGGCUGCUUGCGUUUUGGCUUCCAAAGGGAAAACGAUGGCCGACAGCUCCUACCAGCCGGAGGUCCACAACAUCUUGUCUUUCUUAAAAAUGAAAAGCAGAACUGCUGCUCCUUCCCAGGACGUUUCUGACAUGGAAAGCAUGGAUAUGAAGCCAGAAUGCUUUAUCUCGCCUCGAUAUGCAAAGAAGUACAAGUCGAAGCAGCUAGCUACUCGCAUUUUGGAGGCGCACCAAAAUAUCGCCCACAUGUCUCUGGUGGAAGCCAAGCUGAGGUUUGUCCAGGCGUGGCAGUCGCUCCCCGAGUUUGGCUUAUCGUACUACAUUGUGAGAUUUAAAGGAAGCAAGAAGGAUGACCUCUUGGGCGUUUCUUACAACAGGCUGAUAAGGAUAGAUACAGCCACCGGGGACCCAAUUACGACAUGGAGAUUCUCAAAUAUGAAACAGUGGAAUGUGAACUGGGAGAUACGGCAGGUUGCCAUUGAGUUUGACCAGAACGUGUCCAUUGCUUUCGCUUGCCUGAGCGCAGACUGCAAGGUGGUGCACGAAUACAUUGGAGGUUACAUCUUCCUGUCGACCCGUUCCAAAGACCAGAACGAAACACUGGACGAGGACUUGUUCCACAAGUUAACUGGAGGAUGGGAAUGA